AUGUAUUCUGGAAGUGGCGUCAAUCUGCUUCUUAUUACACCCGAAAAAUCUAUAAAGCUUGUUGCGAAUGAUUUCUUCCGUUACUGUCUUUCGAAGCCUAACGAGGCGGACCUUCCCGUAUUUAAAGGAAUGAUAGCUGGAGCUGGUGCAGGAUUCUGCCAAAUUACCGUAACGACGCCAAUGGAACUGCUCAAAAUUCAAAUGCAGGAUGCCGGAAGAAUAACAGGAGACAACCAGCCAAAAAAGAAGUUAUCCGCAAUUGGUAUCACUAUAGAUUUAUUGAAAAAACGAGGCAUUCUUGGCCUUUAUAAAGGUUACAACUCAACAAUGGCUCGCGAUGUCACAUUUUCUAUCAUGUAUUUUCCGUUUUUUGCGUACCUGGAUAGUUUGGGUCCUCGGUCCGCUGAUGGAAGUGGCGACGCUGUCUUUUAUGCGUCCUUUUUGGCCGGCUUAACAUCCGGUGCAAUAAGUGCAUUUGCCGUAACUCCAUUUGACGGUAUGUUUUCAAAUAAUAACGUCAUUUUGAUUAUACUCGUAGAUACGCAUAACUCUUAUAGGUUAUUUGGACGCAAAAAAAAAACACUUCGUUUCAUGAACAUCAAACUGGCCGGCUUUUUUUGCGGUUGA